AUGACACAUAUGUCUUCUCAAGUGAUACAGAAGGACAGGUUUAUCCACAGUUUUAGAGACCUCAGUUUGUGCUCCAGAGUAGGUGAAUGGAACCCAACACGUUCCACAGUUUCUGUUGAUGGGCGGGGGGCUAUGUGGCAAAAUCCUGAGGAAUCAUUUUAUCAUAAAACAACACCUUAUGAACAUGUAUAUGGAGACCAUUCUAUUCCUGAGAAUGCGUAUUUUGUGGAUAAGCCUUUAGGAGAUUCGUCUGAUGGCUCUGAAAAAUCAUAUGUAAAUCGUCUGCGUCAAGCAAGUGCAACAGUUUGGUGUGAGUAUGGGGUUCAGGCAUCAGGGAACUUUAAAAUGAGGAAAAAUAAAAAUAAUUAUGGAAUGAAAAUGGGAUUUUCUAUUAAAUCUUUGGUUUUCCCACAUGCAUCGGCUAUGUCGUUUGGUCGACCAAUGGCACAUCAUGCACGUUCAACAAAUAUUGCAGCACCACAGCAUACCAUGUUAAUUCCCCGACUAUCAGCAACAGAGACCUGUCUGGAAGGUGACCAAUGCGAAGCUCCUAUAUAUUCUAAUCCCUCGUUCAAUAAUAACUAUCUAGCUGAAAGGGGUCUUAAUGAUAUACCAGAAGUAGAUGAUGAUGAUGAGGAUAGCGAUCGUAGCAGUGUUUUAUCUAAUGGUUCUGGUCGGCAAGCGUCAAUCCAAAGUUUUACUGCAAGUUCUCAUUAUAGUCAUCGUGGUCCUUUUUCACACGCACGAUCUCAUUCUAGGGGCUCUGAUGUCUCGAAAAACUAUAAUGAUUACCCCAAUAACGCCACCAAUGAGUCUCUUGCUAGCUCUCAACAUCUUCACCCUAAUUUAUACGCUCGUCACUACAAUGCUUCUGAUUUUUCUGUUGAUCAGGAGCUUUAUCGUGCCGAUUCUGGGCGGAAAUUAUAUAUUGCUAAUCUUGCAAAGGAUGAUAUUCUUUCAGAUGAUGAUAUCUAG